AUGACCGCCAACAUUGACAAGGAGGUCGUAAACGCGGGCUACGAAGAGGUACGCAACGACAACGAGGAGACAACCUGGAUACACAUCGGUGACGAGGGUGGGAAAUUGACGGUUCUAGCGAAGGGCACAGAGUUCAGCGAAAUUCUGGACCUCCUCAAGCCCGAUUCCAGAGGCUUCUUCUUCGUGCGUCUCACGGUGGGCGACGAGCUGAGCAAGCGGGCUAAGUUUGGCCUGAUCACGUGGAUCGGCAGUGAGUGCAAGCCGAUUCAGAAGGCUCGGGUCUCCUCCGAGAAAGUCCUCAUCAAGGAGUGUGUUCAGAUGGAACAGAGAUGGGGAAUACGGGUUUCAACUAGGCUUAAAUUCGUCACCGCUCCAAAUCAAGUUUUUGCCGAUAUCGAUCAGUAA